AUGUACCAGACGGUCUCUAAAACCCAAGUCCUUCCCUCCCAGGAGGCGAGUCAAUCAUUCCCCGUUUCUUCAACCUCGAACGUAACCUCAGAAAUGCAUCUCAAACACAUCAUCAACAUCACUGUCCUCCUACUACCCCAAGUCAUUGCCCAGGAGGGCAUAUGCUGGGGAGUCAACGGCAAACAAUGGACCGACAACAAGAAAUGCCCUGGCUCUUCCGCCUGUUGUGGCCCGGACGCGACAUGUAUGCCCAACCGUCUCUGCCAGAGAAAAGGACAAGCCAAGAAUCAGUUCGUCAGAGGGCCAUGUGCUGUUGCACCCUAUGACAGAAGGAAGUGUGCGACCAUCUGCAUCAGGGAAGAGACAAAUGACCGUUUCCCACGAGUUGAGCAAUGUGAUGAUGGUAGCUACUGCUGUGACUAUGACUCAGGGUGCUGCGUUGGAGGCCGUGGCGUAUUCCUUGCCUCAGAUGGAAGCAUUGAAGACAACUCAACCUCGACGACUUCUGAAAUCUCAUCAUUAUUCUCCACAUCUUCAACACUGUCCACGUUCUCAACCGAAUACUCGACCACAACUUCCGAGCCGACUGCAUCUUCAACAGAGGAAUCUGACACGGAAACCGACAGUGGCGGCAAUAGCCAGGGAGUCACGAUUGGGCUCGGCGUUGGUAUACCAAUUGCUGCCAUCAUUGCUGCCGUGUUCACCUGGCUCUUCCUCCGCAGACGGUCCAAGAAGCAGAACCCACCUCCUUCGUACCCUGUGACGAGUAAGAUGUAUGAGCCAUCUGAUAAUAAGACGUGGAUUCCGCAAGAACUUGAUGGUCACGAUGCGAUGGGUGGAAUGAACCAUGGGCGGAGUGCAAAGAUUCCUGGAACGCCACAAGAGCUUCAGGGUUGA